AUGCAACCAUUUCUCUCCGGAGGAACGACCCUCGCCCUCCUCCUCAUCACUCUAACCCUCUUACUCUUUGCGGCAGCAGGGGAUGAACAUCCUUACGAACCAUACCACCACAAAUCUUCCGUUGGCAACAGCAACACUGAACGGUCAAGUGUAGAACUUGACACCCGACCACCGGUACAAGUUGAGGAGUUAGUUGUUCGGUUAGAUGCUUUAAAGCAGACAGGCAACCUUCAGCGGGGGACAUGGAAGAAGAAGAAGAGGAGGACAGAGGUUGUGAGAAAAGGAGGUGUCGGUUACGGUUUUGUAUCACAUAGGUCAAACCCCCUAUCAUCACCAUCACCAUCACCAUCGCCCACGUCGCUCACAUCCCGCCUUCCAUCCCGCCUUCCAUCUCGCUUCUCCCGCUUCCGGCCGCGGAACCUACAGAUAUUGGCUGCGUUGUUGAGUCAUCAGAGUUUACAUACGACUCCUUUGUCAACACCUCUAUCUCUCUCAAUACUCAAAUCAGACAUGGAAGCCGCCGAAGGGAGUUGGGCACUUGGGGGUGGGGGUCUAAGGGGGUUAGGCUUGCCUUUGGCGAAGACAGUACGUAGGCAAUCACUACAAUGUCAUGGUGGGAGGACAUGGAGGGGGGAUAUCAAGUAUAUUACUAGAGGUACUGCUGGCGAGGAGGAACAACGGCAGUUGCGAGGUGGUGAAUUGGAAGGUGACAUAAGACGAGUGGAACCCAGGACAGCCAGGGUGUAG